AUCCUAUACGCAGCCAAAGCUACGCGGCCUCGCUUUUCAUCGCUAUGCAAGCUAAGUUGUACUGGCAUGAUUGUACAGUUUCUGCAAAUGGGAGAUUUUAAAGUUUCUUUUGGGUUAGCUUGGCUGAUCAUCGCGUUAUUUUGGAGCUCGGCUUCACUCUCAAACGCUCAAUGGCUACACGAGAUCACCGUGAAUAACAAACACGGCCACGACAACUCUUCUUGUCUCAAAGACAAUAGCUCAUGGCCGUGCAAAACGAUAGACUUCGCCCUCGACAAUCUACACAAGAAUUCUACCCGAAUCCUGAUAGAACAACCCGACAAGAAUAGCUCGUACCUACUCAAGAACAACCACACGAUAGUAAAUCUUAUUCAAAUCGAGUUGAUUGGAAAAACCGAUACAUCUCCGAUUAAGAUUGAAUGCGGAAGCGAAGUGGGCUUGUCCUUUCACUUUUGUGAAGGCAUUUCCAUGAAGAUGCUAGAGUUCUCUAGCUGUGGUCGUAUACAGCAUUCUGCUCCGGCUGAUAACUUUAACAGGUCUGUGGAAUUCUAUGCUGGUGUGUUUCUCGCUAAUUGCAAGGAUUUUUUUAUGGAAAAUUGCACCGUGUUUGGAAGCCCCGGGAAAGGUCUCGUGCUUUAUGACGUAGGCGGAAAUGUCAAUAUAUCAGCAUCAACCUUUGAAAACAACACCCCUUUGUAUCCUUCCAACACUAAAGAGCAGCUUAGUGCAGGUGGUGGAUUGAGUGUUCUUUUUACCCAGUACGGAGCAUUGCCUCCAUUCAAUGCCACAAAAGAACAACAACUGAACUACACCACCAAGAGUACGUACCAUAUCACAAAUUGCACUUUUAAAAACAAUCAUCGAGCGAACUAUAGUGACAGUUAUUGUGAUCUCGCAGUGCCCUUUCAGCGUGGUGGGGGCAUGUCAAUUUUAUUUCAUGGCAUAGCAUCUAAUAACAUGAUUAUGAUUGACAAUUGUGAUUUUAUUCGUAAUUCAGCGUUAUGGGGUGCUGGACUGUUUUUGUUAUUCCUUGAUUCUUCUGAGGGAAAUCAAGUAUAUUUGGCAAAUAGUAAGAUGGAGAGCAAUGAGGCUGCACUGGGUGGUGGGGGUGUGCGCAGUGGAAGUGAGAUUGAUCAAAGAAAAGUUCUCCAGAGCAAUAACAUCAGUUACAAAAAUUUGGAAUUUGUUAAUAACAGUGCAGUAUUUGGUGGUGCAUUUUCCCAUUAUGGACCUGCAUACACACCAAUUAGUGAAGAUGACCAUCGAGUGAUUCGUUUGAAGGAAUGUAGUUUCCGUGGCAACAAGGCUACACUUGGUUCAGCGUUGGGUGUAUCACUAAACAACUACAAUGAGUUUGGUAUUGGUCCUCAAGUACCCUACUUACUUCAAAUUGAGGACACAGUGUUUACAGACAAUUCUAUUAUUAAGACUGAGGACAAAGUCGUCAUUGGGCAAGGAGCACUAUAUACAACUAACACUCCAGUCAUUUUAAAGGGAGAUAAUUCUUUCACUGACAAUUCAAACACAGCUAUCCUCCUUGACAAUGCUGCACUAAAAGUAUAUGGCAGAACUAAUUUUUCAAAUAACAGAGGUAUUAAUGGUGGUGCUAUUGCAUUGUAUGGACAAUCUAGGAUCAUCACCACUCACGAAUCUUAUCUCCAGUUUGAAAACAAUACUGCUAAAAAAAAGGGUGGGGCCUUAUAUGUACAAGCUCCAGGACCAGGUAUUGUAGCAUUUAAAACUCGUCAACUGAGACGGCAUAACUGUUUUCUUGGCUAUGAGAAUGAUGCAAAGCAAGAAGUUUCUAUUAACCAUGUUGAAGAAUGGAAGACAAGGCUAGAGUUUUUAAACAAUAAUGCCCAAUUGUACUUAGGGGGGGAUGCCAUCUAUGCAACCUCUCUUCAGGCAUGCUUCAGAGCAAAUGAGUCUCGCAUGAGUAAUACUGCCUUUGAAUGGAAAGGCGUCGUGUCCUUCACAGGACAGACUGCAGAAGAAAUCUCAACUGACCCGGUUUACAUAGAUAUUAAUCGGCAAGAGUGGAGUGUUGCACCAAGUGAAGUGUUUGAUGCAACUGUCAUCUUACUGGAUGAAAAGGGGAACAAGGUUUAUGGAACCAUACAGAUUGAUAUCUCUACAGAUUCACAAGUUUCUCUUGAUCUACCCUCCAAGCUCUUCGUAGUGGAUGUGGAUGUUAACACUCAAGAAAGUAAACUACGUAAUCUAAAGUUGAAAGGCAUUGAACUGUCAGAAUUCCAAAUCCACAUCAGCAGUCUAGCAGGAGAUAUCAUUCAAAGUGUCAAGACUCAGCUUAAAAAAUGUAACCCUGGUUUUAAACAAAAGGCUAAAAAUAGUAGUACAUGUGUUUGUGCUAACAGUGAUGGUCCUAGCAAGUGGACAGAAGGAAUCUAUUUAUGCAAUGGAGAUGGGAAGACACUUUAUUUAAAGACUGGAUAUUGGGGUGGUGAUGUUAAUGAUACCUUUAUUACACUUCCAUGCCCUCCAGGCUACUGCAAUAACCACAAUCAGUAUAGCAUUUCAAGUGAUUAUUAUACUUAUGACAGAAGUACCAUGUGUGGAGACAAUCGAGAUCCUGGUAUCCUCCUUUGUGGGGAAUGCAAGAAGAAUUAUAGCAUAAUAAUAGGAGAUGAAAAAUGUGCCCCAGAGUCAGACUGUAAUCUUCUGUGGUGGCAAAUUCUUCUCUUCAUCAUUGUUAUACCUACCCUUGUUCUCAUUGUUUUAAAAGUCAACAUCAAUUUAUUCACCUCUUAUCUAAAUUCAUGGCUAUUUUUCUACCAAGUUCUUGAUAUUUUGCUUAACAAGGGAGGAAAACUAGGUCCUGUCAUAACAGUAAUUAUAAAACUUGCUAAUCUUCAAAUUCCAGGAAUAGGAACAUGCCUUUUCAAGUGUUUCAAUAAUAUGAAGAAGCUUGGCCUUAACUAUCUUAUCCCUGGCUAUGUUCUUUUUAUUCUUCUAAUUAUUAUGGCUGUUUCUAAGCAUAGACUUUGCAGGAACUGUUAUGUAAACAGAAACGUGUUCCGAGCAUUUUGCACGUUAAUUGUUCUUUGCUAUACCAGUAUCACCACAAUAUCUUUUCAUAUCAUCUAUGUCAAGCAAAUCCCCUCAGGGUGGGUGUUCUACAUGGAUGGAAAGAUUGAGCUCACCAAGAACUGUCCUGCAUACAUAAUAGUUCUUUUUACAUUAGCCAUUUUGUUAAUCCUAACUUUUGUCUUUGUGUUCCCUGUGGUUCUAGUGUUCCGUAGUAAGUUCCUUUCUUUUCUUGAUCCAUUUGUUGACAUAUUCCAAGAUUGUUAUCAUCAAAAUUUGGUGUUCUUUGCUGCUUACUUCUUUGUCUGCCGUAUAGCUCUGAUAUUGGUUGAUGUCUUUGCUGAUGAAGGACCUUUUAAAAGAUCUCUUUUAGAGUUUUUCACUCUUGUUUUUCUACUGGUGUUUGUUUACUUCAAGCCUUACAGAUCACAAACAGUCAGUAGUCCAACAAACUAUGAAUGGCUCAACACUGUUGAUUCUCUUUUUUUAACGAUUCUCUGUUUCAUUACUAUCCUCUGCUCAGCUCAAACAAUGGAUGCUUCUGCUCUCACCAAAAAUGGCUUUAGAUGGCUGGUAAUAAUUCUUUCAUGGGUCCCCAUGGUCUAUCUACUUGGUUUGCUAUGUUAUGGCAUCUAUAACUGCAAUAUUGCUCAAUAUUUUAGAGUUUGGGAGUAUCAGGAAAUGCCACAGGCAUCUACCACUCCACCACAAUCAUCAGGAGAAAGAAGCAGUCUAACAAAAUCUAGCACCCAUCCUCAAUACUCCUAAACACUCCACACACUGUCUACAAACAGUCUUACCCUUCUAGUUAAUUUCUUUCAACCUAGACACUGAUCCACACACAACAAUAAAAACGUUCCUUUAUUUGGUUGUAUUUAUCACUUAUUAUAAUACAGUAUUUGUAUUUGAAUCACAAUUUCUCAGUUUUCAGUUGUUUUCAAGCUCUUGGGGCCAGCAUGUAGGGUUUGUGUACUUGAAUAUUUUUGUAGAUCUGCAGAUAAGAUGGUUAAAUUUUAACAGUUUAGAAGUAUAAUGCUAAUCUAAACUAAUUUUUUACUGUAACCAUUUAUUGUAGGGCAAGAAUGCUAUUUGGUUAUUAAGUUUUUGGUAAGAUAGAAGUAAAUUCAUUGUAGAUCCGCAGAUGAGAUGUAAAAAAGACUAGAACUCAUAGGAUUGUAACAGCUUGUACUUAUACAGUGUGCAUAUUAUUAUUUGCUAUUUUUAUUAAUGUGAAAAACCGGGGGGGGGGGGGGGGACUCCAGAAAAGUAGACAGAGGUACUCUACCUAUCUUUUAGGCUAAAUUCUUACCAACUAUCUCUUAGGGGGUAUUUUGGCUUCAGAUCUCAUCAUUUUCAUUAUUUCCUAAAUAAAUACAAUUGUAUCAGUAAUUUUUUUCACAUUUUUGAUUAUCUAUUCUAUCACUCCUAAAAAAUAAAGGCAAGAUAUAUACUGUUUUGUAAAUAAUAAAGAUUCUAUUUUUGUAACUUA